GAGGUAAAUGCCACAGAGGGCUAGGAAGAGGCGGACACAAGCUCAACACGACCCUCAGCCAGAAACAAGAACUUAGAAUCAAUCGAUCACUUCUGGACCCGAGAGGUUACUUAGAAACAAAAAAAGUUGUGAAACUUGAUGAGUUUUAAUUAACAUUUAAAACACCCAAGAGUUUUAUUUAAGUAGUUUCCCUUCAGAGAAAAGUCAACUAAACAGCCAUGGCGCCCUCUCUCAUCGUGGCUUACAGGCGGCGCUGGUGGAUGGCGGUGACGGCGGUGAUAGAGAACCUGCUGUGUUCUGCCGUGCUGCUGGGCUGGGCCUCCCUCCUCAUCAUGCUGAAGAGGGAGCACUUCUACUCUAACCUGUGCUCAGAGAACAACUCUGUGUUUGUGCACCUGAACGCCUCGUCCGAUGGCCACCCAAGUGAUUGGAGCAGCUGCGUGGCCCAGGACGAGAUGCUGAAUCUGGCCUUCACCAUCGGCUCCUUCCUGCUGAGCGCAGUUACGCUGCCGCUCGGCAUUCUGAUGGACAAGUUCAGCCCGCGUCCCAUCCGCCUGGUCGGCAGUUCUUGUUUUGGCGCGUCGUGCAUCAUUAUGGCCUUGUCCGCCUACAACCCUGGCUCUCUGUCGGCACUCAUCUUCUUAGCCGUCUCCCUGAACGGCAUUGGAGGAAUCUGCCUGACCUUCACCUCCAUCACGCUGCCCAACAUGUUCGGCUCUCUGAGCUCCACCAUCAUGUCUCUGAUGAUCGGCUCCUACGCCUCCUCUGCCGUCACCUUCCCUGCUGUCAAGCUGAUCUACGACGCAGGCGCAUCCUUUCACGCCAUCAUGUGGGUGUGGGCCGCUCUCGCAGGCCUGGUCUUCAUCAACUGCUUCGUCAACUGGCCCUCAGAAGGCUUCCCGUCCCCUCACGAGGUGGACUACAGUAAGAUCCUCACGCUGCAGGAGGCGCCUUCGUCUGAGCAGAAGGCUGCAGAGGAGAGUCUGAGCCAGAAAAACGGAGACGUCCAACGCUCCACGGAGAAGCUCCCCAACGGACCUGAGGCUGCACAAAAUACUGUUCCUUUCCGCCGGUCUGUGAUCUCCCCCAUCUUCCUGUGGAGUCUGGUGACGAUGGGGAUGACCCAGCUGAGGCUCAUCUUCUUCAUGGGGGCGAUGAACAAGAUGCUGGAGUUCAUGGUUACUCAUGGAAAAGAGCACCCAUCUGAUGAGGAGGUCCUUGAGUCUACAGAGCAAGUGAGUUUCUACUCGUCCAUCUUCGGCACGCUGCAGCUGCUCUGCCUCGUCACGUGUCCUCUGAUCGGCUACAUCAUGGACUGGAAGAUGAAGGCGUGUAAAGAGGAGCAGUGUGAUGCCUCGGGGGCGGAGCAGAGCAAACCGAAAAGAGACCGUAAGAUCCAGAAGUUGACGAACGCCAUGAGAGCCUUCAUCUUCACCAACUCGCUGCUGGUCGUUUUUGGAAUCUGCUGCCUCAUCGAUAACCUGCCUCUGCAGAUUUUGUCGUUCAUCCUCCACACUAUGGUCCGAGGCUUCAUCCACUCCUGCUGUAGUGGCCUUUACGCUGCUGUCUACCCGUCCAACCACUUCGGGACCCUGACGGGCCUCCAGUCGAUGAUCAGCGCCGUGUUCGCGCUGCUGCAGCAGCCGCUCUUCAUCGUCAUGGUGGUACAUCUGAAAGGAGACCCCUUCUGGAUUCACCUGGGCCUGCUGAUCUUCUCUCUGAGUGGCUACCUGCUGCCGGGCUACCUGUUCUACCACCGCAGGAACCUCCGGAAGCAAAAGAAGACCAAACGACCUUCUGCUCAGGAGCUGCUGAAAGUCAGCGAGGCCAACGGCCACACGCCUCACAGCAACGGCUUCGCCGCAGCCGAAGCCUGAAGAACGCAGCCGAAGACCGGAGGAUCUGAGUUAUUUUAGUAGGUGCCUUCAAAAUGGACGUCGGCAGUCUGCUCGUUCAGACAGCUUCUUCCUAGGUGUUUUUAUUUUUUUUAACUCGUUUUCAGUCACUGCUGGCGUCCAUUUUGCUCGUUGUGAACUAAAAGUUUGUUUGUUUUUUACCGUAUGGAGUCAGAGUUUCAAUGUAAUUUGGUCGUCUGCUGCUGCUGCUGUUUAUUUAUUGUGUUUUUAGACCCAAGAGCCAAAAACGAGUGUCCGUUAAAGCCAUAAACCUGAACAGAAUGCAAAUAUCGGAGUACUUGAAAUACUUUUGUGUAGUUUUCCGACAAUCGUCACAACUGUGCGAUGACACCAAAGAGCCGUCAUGCUGUACGGUUUUCACAGACAUUAAUGUCGUCUUUUAUUUCUACAAACACAAUUUAUGCCAUUUCAAAACUAACGCAAAAAGAAAACCUUAAAACCUUUUUCAACCUCAAACACAAAAAAAGGCGACUUGUUGAGAACGUCUACCUCCUGAUCCUUUAUCGUGUUUGCAACAAAAACCAAUUCUUGAAACAAUUUUUUUAGAAAACUCAUUCUAAUGUACAGAAACAGUAAAUGAACCCUCCUGCUGCCCUUGGGUUAAAAUCUGGAGGGUUGAAGGUCCAGCAUUCCUUGAAAGAAUAUAGUUUUAGACUUUACUCAUAAUUUGUGACGGGUCGGAGCUGUUGAGGUUCAGGUCAAACUUUAGAAAUGUCUUUUCUCAAGUCGUGCUCAGAGUGUGCGUCGGAGAUGACUCUCAGCUACCGCAUCCGAUUUUAGCCUAUUUGUCAAACUGACCGAGUUGUAGCCAUUUUUUCUGAUGAACAUCCAGCGACUAUUUCCUGAAGGUUCGAUUGAAGUCCGUCCAGUGGUUCAUGAGAUAUUUUGCUGUUUUCUGUCCACAUUUCCAUGAGGCAGGAAAAACUCAGUCCUGAAGUUUCUGUACUUAUUUAUAGGAAGAAAAGAUUUUAGGAAAACGUGAUUGUGCGACACGUUUAUGCACAGAAAUUAACUAGUGUAUAAUUUAAAAAAAAAUUCUAGCUGCAGUAGCAACGAAAAGGGAAAAUUAUUUUGUAGGUUUAUUACAAAGAAGCUUGGAUGAUUGUAUCUUUUUAAAUUUUUUGUAAGUGAGCAAACCAUCUGUUGUAAAUAGAAGCAAGAUGUUUCUGUACGUUCUGGUUUUACUGUAUAUGUGUGCACAGUUCAUCAAUUUAAGGCGUAACUAUACAUCACAAGUUAAAACAAAUGUUUUCUUGUCAACCAGCUGCAGAGAAGAAGUGGGUACAUGUUUGUUGUACAUAAGAGACGCUUUAAGUCCGUUUUUAAUGUAGAUUUUGACGUGUGGGUUUCACGUUUUCCCCUGGUUUGGGAUGUAAAUUCUAAGUGUGUUCAGCUUCUCGUGUCUUUUAGGCCGUUUUUAAAUGAAAGUAUUUCUGUGAAGUGUGUUCGCUUCAGUCUUUGCCAAACUUUUUUGUUUUUCUGUGUAAACCAAAGUGGUCAAAGUGCAGCUUUGACCUCAGGAUAGCUGCCGGGAACCAGAAAACAAGAACCUCUUGCAUCAGUCCAGCAGAAUCGGCACCGUUUUGGUUCAAACUGGCUCUGAUUCUGCAUCAGUUUGUAUUUUUAUACCAAGUAGAAUGUGUUUCAGUGGCAGCUGAAGAGUUUGCCACUUGAAGGUUUUCGUCGACCUGAGCUGCAUUUCAGAUUUCAUUAAGUUGGUCAAAACGCCUCCAUCUAAACUACUUCAAGAGUAUAAUCUAACAUCCAGAUGUUUUGAAAAGUUUAAAGUUUAGCUUCUGCAGCACAUUUUAACGAUUAUCCGUCAUCGAGGUUGAAGUGUUGAAUUUACUCUGUCAACAUCCACUUCCUGUUUGAUAAAUAAGUGUAAACACGGAAGUGUUUGUUUUUUAUCUGUGUGUUUUUAUCUGAUCACAUGAGCUAAAACUAGGAAAAUAAAAGUUCAGAUGCUGCAAACUAAGAUAAUCAAAGUUUAUUUGAUUCUGCUGUGGUCAAAAGAAACAAAAUUAAAGACAUACAAUAAA